AUAUUGCCAGGCCUUUAUAAAAGCCCAAGUGUCAGCACUGUUCCAGCACAGAACUUGAGCGUGAGUUUUUCGUAACAACACCAAAAUGUGGAAAAUUGCUUUGCUAUUGGCUAUCGGUUGCAUUUACGUGGCCAGCCAGGAGACGACGAUAUCCCCGCGCGGCCGCGAGAUUUGCCAGCGCGAGAACGCAAAAUGUCUACGCAAUGAGAACCGUCUGGGAAGUACCAACGAUGUUACUGCUGCCUUUAACAACCAGUGCCGUAGGACUAACCGUCGUUGGCGUAAUAUCACCCGUUGCCAGUUGGCUAAUGCCACCUGCCAAUUGACUCUAGUGCGCUGCCAAACACUCUCCUGUGACAAUGUCCUUAGAGCUCUUCAGUCUGGUCCAACAACACGCCCUCCCCGUACUCGACCCACUCCCCGCACGCGUCGUACGACGCGCCGGACGCGCCCCACGCGCCCCACUCGCGGACCCGUUACUCCCACUGAAUCCACUGAUUAAAAUAGUUGCGGAAAAACAUCAAAUCCCUUAUGAAAAGCAAUAAACACGUCAAUGCUCUCUACUACUCGUA